AUGGCCUUUUGUGGCUGGAAGCAACUCCUCCCCUUGUGCAGGCAGAGCACCUUAGCCAAGGCCUGGAGGAGCAGGAGGGGAGGCCUCUCUCUGCGCUGGAAACGCUGCUGCCAUUGGAGCACUGGCAAGUCUCUGGACCCCGAGGUGAAAGCAUUUUUGGAGGAGAACACGGAGGUCACCAACAGUGGCCACCUGACACCGGAGAUUCGGCUGCGCCUCCUCACCCCUCGCUGCAGGUUCUGGAGAGAAAAACCUGACCUGUGGCCUUAUGGGGACCCAUUCUGGGCAAUUUACUGGCCAGGAGGCCAAGCCCUCUCCAGGUAUAUUUUGGAUAACCCACGUGUUGUUAAAGGGAGAUCUGUUCUGGAUCUUGGAAGUGGCUGUGGAGCAACAGCAAUAGCAGCUGUGAUGAGUGGUGCAUCCCAAGUCCUCGCUAAUGACAUCGACCCGAUCGCAGGAAUGGCAAUGAUCCUGAACUGUGAACUGAACCACCUGAAUCCCUUCCCCAUCACCAUUAAGAACAUCAUUAACUCAGAGGUUGGAAACUGGGACCUCAUUGUUCUAGGAGAUAUGUUUUAUGAUGAACAGCUUGCUGAUGGUCUGCACCACUGGCUGAGGAAGUGCAUCAGGAUACAGCAGACUGAGGUGCUGAUCGGCGACCCUGGCAGGCAUCAGUUUCUGAGCCACAGCAUUCACAGUCAGUUGCACAAAGUUAUAGAAUAUUCCCUUCCUGAGUAUACUAGACAAGAAAACUAUGGAUUAACAUCAAGUAUCGUCUGGAGUUAUCAGCCCUCAAAUAGCUUAGAAGACUGUUGAGGCUUGGCUGUCUACGCAAUUUUGUCUCACUGCGUUGGCUUUUUUUGCAAAAAUGAAAAUGGGAAUUAAAUAGGGAACAUUACCUGAGAUGUAAAGCAGAUUACUGUACCUUCACUGAACUGAUUUCAGUCAUACUCACUGAGGCUUUUGCUCCAUUUGAGGUGAAAGCUACAUGCAAACUGCAUUCAAAGGGGCCUGCCCUGAAGUGCAGACUCACAGACAAGUUAUGUGUAAGAGUUUGCAUGCUCAAUGUUUUUUAUGUGUAUCUGUGUCUUGCUCUGUGACACUGCUGCGAAAUGUUUUGGAUGUCCAGCAUACUGCUGUGGGG